AUGGUUACGUAUGCUGGGAAACUGGUCCUAGCUCCGAUGGUAAGAGCUGGCGAACUACCCACGAGACUGAUGGCACUGGCCCACGGCGCAGAUCUCGUCUGGUCCCCAGAAAUCAUCGAUAAAAAGCUAAUCCAGUGCAUUAGGAAAGAAAAUACUGCACUGCAAACGAUUGACUACGUCGUGCCACAAAAGGUUCAGACCAGGCCGGAAACGCUCGUUUUCAGAACAUAUCCGAAACUGGAAUCCUCCAAGUUAAUUUUUCAGAUCGGAUCUGCAUCCCCGGCUCUGGCCACCCAGGCUGCUUUGAAAGUGAUCAACGACGUCAGCGGGAUAGAUAUCAAUGCAGGCUGCCCCAAACAUUUCUCUAUACACUCCGGCAUGGGCUCUGCCCUCUUGCGCACCCCAGACACACUAUGUCUCAUCUUGAAAGAACUGGUCAAGAACGUGGGUAACCCCUACAGCAAACCCAUCAGCGUGAAAAUAAGACUCUUGGACACUAAGCAAGACACUUUACAACUCGUCAAACGUCUCUGUGCCACGGGCAUCACAAAUCUCACGGUUCACUGCAGGAAAACAGAAAUGAGAAACAGAGAGCAGCCCAUCACGGAUUACAUUGCGGAGAUUUACGAGAUAUGCCGGGCGAAUAACGUAUCGUUAAUUGUGAACGGCGCUAUACGCGACCGCUCUCAUUUUCACGACCUACAAACCAACCAUUGGAAAAACGCCAAUAUUGGUGGCAUGAUUGCAGAGUGUGCUGAACGAGACCCUACCGUUUUUGACCACACCGCUAAGCCCUCAGAAGAUAGCCUGCAUUGGGUCGUUGCUUGUCGCGAGUUCAUUCAAUGGGCAACCAAGUUUGACAACCACGUUGGCAAUACAAAGUAUAUGUUGAGCAGAAUUGUCCCCGGAAAAUCAGUCUUCUUUCAGUACUUUGCCCGCUGCAAAAGCCCGGAAGAAGUUAGUUUCGUGCUAAAGGAAUUGAAAGAUGACGGAAGCGCCCAGACAGAUCCUUCAGAGUACUUGGAAAACUGCAGAGCCCAAGAGAAAGCUUUAAAAAACGCCAACGCUAUCGCCAAGCAAAAGAGGAAACUGGCCGAUCAUGCGGGCGGUGACGCUAAAAAGCAAAAGGUUGUACCACUUCCUGCAGAUAUAUAA